AUGUUUAAGAAGGAGCCUCACAUAAAAGCUUUAAGUAAUUUGAAGAAUUCCGAAAGAAAGAAGUUGCUACAAACAUUCCAAAAACAAACGAAUAAUGAGGAAUAUAGCUUUCGUACUUCCACUAUAAAACAAACCAACUUUAACGGCCAGAAAAGUGUAGGAACGGUUUACACAGAUGAGAAUAAUACCCCAAUAUUAUUCAAGGAAAAGCAUAAGGAGCAACUUUUUCCAACUGUGUAUUCUUGUUGGGAAUAUCCUGCGUUAUUGCCGAUCGUUUUAACUCAUGGAUUUGUUAUAGAAGAACAUUUAUUCAACGGCGCUAACUUAAUGAUUUCCGGUUCGAUCCCACCCUUUGAUCCUCGUUGUAAAAUAGGUACUCUUUGUGGUAUAGCUAGCAAACAGGCACCAGAAACUGUCUUAGCCAUCGGUAUUGUCGAAUUAGAUCUACCGUCCUUUGAUAAAGUAAUUGGUGAAACAGGAGUUGCUGUCAAAAUCAUACAUCAUUUCAAUGAUGGGCUCUCCAAAGUCUUUAAAAUGAAAUUGGAACCUCCAUUUGUUCUCAGUACUCAAUCAAAGGAUAACAAUAUCAGUAGUAAACAGAUAGAAUCCUCGGAGCAAAUCAAGGCUGUUGAAAAGGAACAAGAAGAUGUAAAAGAAGCGUCUGUUGAUGUAGAGGAGAUUGCUGAAGUUCUAGACCAUUUCACUGUGUCGGAUGUAGAUUAUUUCAUUACAAGAGCAUUAUAUUAUACCUUGACUCAAGAUAAAGGUUUGGAAUUACCCAUUUCAGCUUCUAACUUCAUCUCAAACCACAUUAUGCGUAAUUUGCCUCCAAUUGAUCACAAUGAAGUCAAUGUAAAGAAAACUUCAUGGAAAAAAAGCGCAAAAUUUUUGAAACACUUCGAGAAAGAAGGCUUCUUGAAAUUAAAAGGAAAGGGGGAUGACUUAACUAUUGUGGGCAAAAAUACUGACAAGGAUGAGUUAAAGAACUUUGUGCCAUAUAAGCUUGGUUGUAGCAAGUCUGCCACAGAAAGUAGGGAGAGCACAACCUCGAAGGAGAAAACAUCUGGAAUGAUGUAUUCACUGACUCUGUAUAAACCCUUUAAUCUUGCCAAAGAUCUUUUGAAGGAGGUUAAUUUGGCUUCUCACACGUACUACACCUCUCAGGACAUUAGAAGCGCGGUUUCUCAGUAUAUUUCUGUCAAGAACCUAGCAGACACAAAAGAUAAAGGAAAAGUUAUUAUGGACGAUCUAUUAUUCGAUAUGGUCAAUAAGAAGAAGAAAGUCUUGAAUGCUUCACGUAUCAUUGCUAGAGGUGAAAUUUUGCAUCCCUUACUCACCAAUAAUUUUACCGAGUUCUAUCAGAUAUUCAAAAGCGAUGAUACUCUCUUGUUCAAGGCGCCAAUGAAGGGUUCCCUUCCGCAUAUUAAGAUUAUUACUGAAAUGAAAAUUGGCAGAAAAGUUAUUACCAGAGUGAGCAAUUUUGAAGUGUUUCAAGUCGACCCAGAAUCACUUGCGGCUGACUUAAGAAAGAUUUGUAGCGGAUCGACAACAAUAAGUGAAUCACAAACAUUCAAAUGUGCUGAAGUGCAGGUUCAAGGUCCACACGGUCAAUCGAUCAUUGAUCACCUUAACAAGCUAGGUAUUCCAAGCAAAUGGAUAGACUUUGAGAACAAGUUGAAGAAGAAAAAAAGAAAGUAG